AUUCCCAUUUCAUACGUAUGGUCUAAUGAUCGUGCAAUUUCCUCAGCUCCGCAAACAUCCGCCACCGAAUGUAUUUCGCACCCAAAAAUAGAAAUACGGCGCCUCUUAUGAUGUGGUUUGUGCAGCGUAUUACUGCUAUUUAGGCAUGGAUUUGUGGGCUAUAAAUUAGUUGUUUGUAAAUGAGAAGAGGCACAAAAAGACGCUUCUCUAUGAAUGCGUGAAUACAUGGAAUCGCGAGGAUCACUUCCAACUUUCCAAGUAUCUCGUGAAGGGUUGCGCAAUGGAGCUUGUUGACAGCUUGGGACCGUUUGCGACCAUAUUAAGUGGAAUAUGCUCUGAAAUCCUGGUUGACAACCUUCUCUCUGUUCGACCUACGUACGUGCUACCACAAGUACAAUGAAAGAGCCCACUGUUGAGCGAACCGUGAACUUAUCUGCCAUGUGUAAUUGCACCUGUCGGAUCGUUCUUUUUGUCAUCAACACAGCCGUUGGGCUGGCUGGAUUUUUGCUUGCGCUAUUCGGUGCUCUAAUGGCAUGGGGAAAAGCGGUCAUGCAGGAACAAUUGAGUGAUCAAAUUGGUCCAAUACUGCAACAAAUAUAUGAAAAACAGACGGCGGACAAAGUUACAAACCUGGCAGACCUGAUGUUGAAGUUUACUUCGCCCUUCGGUGCAGCUAUUUUUGGAUUCGGUCUGAUGGUUCUCGUAAUUUGCCUCUUUGGAUGUUGUGGAGCAUGUUACAACAACGCCUUGUGCCUAAAAAUUUACACUGGCUUUUUGGUGACCAUGACGUUGCUCGGAGUUGGAAUGCUGAUCUUCUACUACACCGACCGUACAACCGUUUUUGCACUGACGGAGAAGCUUCUAAGACAAGCAUUGGUACAAUAUGUUUCAGUCGAAUCGUCUGACGUAAACAGUAUGCUUUUCAACGUAAUGAUGCCGAUGCUUAAUUGUUGUGGAGUCUCAUCAGGACUUGAUUUUGACAAAGCGAACAAGUUUGUACGAACGUGGACGAUGGACGGCAAUGAUACCAUACAUUUGGAGUUCCCCGUCCCCUGCUGUAAGAUGAACUCUCGGUUUGAACCGAUCAACAAAACAUGCCCUGCUGUGUUUAAUAGUGAUAAUUCUAACUACAAUGUUGGAUGCUGGGACAAGCUCUACCCAUGGAUGAUAAGAUACGGCAACUUUGGUGCAAUAUUCGGCAUAGUGGUUUUAUUACUCCAGGUCGUACUCAUAGUGAUGUCCAUUUUGACGCUCGCACUGAAGCAGAUAUAGUGGAAUUCACCGCUGUGGAACGAAAGUGGAAACUACUUAUUUCUUGAGACUGUAAUCCGCAGUUAUGCUACCGAUUUCGAUUUAUAAAACUGUGCAAUGACAACUGUUCAUAUUCAAGGUGGAAACUUCGGGAAAGUCGGGAAAUUGUCGAAUUCCACUGGCCUUGCAGAUAUCAUGUAUUUGUGCCUCUGUUUACUUACUUAUUUUUACUUUACAAUAUUUCUGUUAACUAAAUGUGCUUCAUGACAAUAUGUCGUAUAAUAAAAUCAUUUUCUUCUCAUUGCU